ACCAGCACCCUGCUACUCCUGCCUAUAUAGACUGCUUCUUCCUAAUGACUCUGAGCUAGAGAGUGGCCUAUAAGCCCAGGAGCUGGAGGGUUUCCCCAGUGGAGGGGAAGCCGCAGCAUCACCUGUUCCCUCAGCCCAGCUUCCGCCUCAUGCCCGUGAUGUCCAGCUGCCUCCAAGGAACAGGCUCCAGACAGCAAAAGAAAGGGAAGCAGGUCCAGCUGGUUUUGACAGGUGUUCAUCUCGGUGGGGCCACAUUGACCAUGCUUAGAAGUUUCUGUCUUCAGCUCAUGUCCUUGGUUUGGAUCCUCUUGGCCCAUCACCAUCUUGCCCAAGGUGAUGACUGCAGUGAGCGCUGUAACUUGGCCCACGGCUCCUGUGACCAGGACGGCAAGUGCAGGUGUGACCCAGGCUGGGAAGGAAAGUACUGCGAGCAGUGUGUGCUGAUGCCGGGCUGUCUCCAUGGUACAUGCCAUCAGCCUUGGCAAUGCAUCUGUCACAAUGGCUGGGCUGGCAAGUUCUGUGACAAAGAUGUACACAUCUGUGAACAUGAGCUCCCCUGCCAGAACGGGGCCGAGUGUGUCUACGACGGGGACGGGGAGUAUUCCUGCCUGUGUCCUGAGGGCUUCCACGGGAAGGACUGUGAGCGGAAGACAGGGCCAUGUGAGAAGGCAGGGUUUCCAUGCAGGAAUGGUGGCCAGUGCCAGGACGAGAACGGCUUUGCUAGGAACUUCACCUGCAGGUGCCUGGCUGGCUUUGUUGGUGCCCUCUGUGAGAAUGAUGUAGAUGACUGCCUGAUGCGUCCCUGUGCCAACGGUGCCACCUGCCAUGAUGGUAUCAACCGCUUUUCCUGCCAGUGCCAGGUGGGCUUCGAAGGCCGUUUCUGCACCAUCAACAUUGACGACUGUGCCAGCCGCCCGUGCAAAAAUGGGGCAAAGUGUUAUGAUCGCAUCAAUGAUUUUGACUGCUUGUGUCCCGACGGUUUUACUGGCAAAAUGUGUGAGGUCUCCACUCCGGAACCGACCUGGGUCACCAUCUACCUUCCUGCUAACAGGGAGAACAACGGUGCUGUGAAAAGCACAACCAGCGAGAAUCUCUGGGUUACGCAGCCCGAGCCAGUCAGGACUGUGGUUACUGGGAGGCGAGUUGCCAACCACAGUGAGAAAGCCAGUGGGGGAGGGCUAUUGAAAAUUUCUGUGAAAGAGGUGGUGACCCAGCGGGACGCUGGGCUCAGUGAGUCCCAGCUGGUGACCGUGCUGGUGUUUGGGAUACUCACAGCUGCGCUGGUCCUGGUGACCAUACUGUUAAUGCUGCGGAACCGGCAGAGAGGGCGUCGGAGGUCAAACUGGUGCCAAAGCCCCUCACAGGCUGCAAGGAAGCUCCAGGAACAAGAAUGUCAAGUGGGCAUGUUAAAUACAGUCAUGGUAGAGCCCAGGAAGACAACAGAACUGUGAGGACUCUGGCACUCUCAGAGUGGGGCCCUGCCAGGCAGUCAUGCCAAUGAACCCUUCAAACUGUGCCCUGGGAGUCAUUCUGGUUGGGUAUCUCGAAAGUGCUAAAGGUCUUUGGUGCAACCUGGUCUGUGAUUCAGUGGGGAGGGGGUUUCCACAGGGCAGCGAAUUCGUAUUUGAAAACAGAACUCUCAAACAGGGUGUGACCAGCCUGUCCUGGAUCUAAUCCAUCUCCAUCAACCAGGUGUACCUAGGAGUCCAAAGCAAGGGCUGAGUCAGAACAGCUCACUACUGGAAGUGGCAGCACACUGACUUUUUCAGCUAGCACCAGAAGACAUUGGUACCAUCUUGUACUAAGCCAUGCUAGAAAUGAGACUGAUCGUGCCAGAGCAGAAGAGGGCACAACCCUCUGAGAAACUCAAACUUUGCCCGGCCCCUGGAUGCUGGGUAAUUCCUAGUGCUGCCACUAAUACCAUCUUUGGCCUGUUGUUCACACUGGGGCUAGGGCUGCUGGAGCUGUUGUGCUCUGCGUCUGCCCUUCUGUAGUGCUGUGGGGUUCCCAGCUCUCUCUGGUGGCUAUGGUUUGUCUGUUUCAAACUGCACAGCCGCAAGGAGUGAGCAAACAGGCUCCCUCCAUACCCUUGUGGUGCUGUGAGCGGUUGGGAGAGACUCCAGAGGUGGCUCAAGAGCCCAUCUUGCCCUUUUCUACCUGAUAUCAUGUCCCUUCUUGUGAGAAUGUUUUGUACCUUGCUGCUGCUGAUCCAUGUGUCUUUUCCCCCUUUUACCAAACCAUUUGAGCUGGUUUGGGUGUGUUCUAAUAGUCAUUCAAAAAGCUCCUUCCCCACCCUAGCACAUGCUUCCACUUCCCCGCUCGCUGUGGGGGACAGCCAGAGCCAGAUGUGUUAUAAACACAAAGCCAGCUCCCCUCCAGUGUUGUGGAGGACUGGGCUGGCCCCUACCACAGCCCCUUGCAGGUGGAAUUGAAUAUGGAGGAGGCUGGAAGUGAGCUCUGGUUGGUUUGGUAGUAGUCCAGGUCCCAGUUCCUGGCUGCCUCCCCCAGGCACAGAGCUGGGAGUAACCUAAAACCAGCCAUUGUAGCACUUUUCAAUACAAAAUGGGGGCGAAGCUCUCUCUAGGUCUAGGGGAUGCAGGGGCAGAUUAAAGUUUCGGAUAGCCCUGGGGAACAGAAAGGUGGCCCUACCUGCUCAGCAGCCAUGGUGCACCUUUCAGUAGCAAACACACCCAUCCUCAUCCCUAAGACACAGUAGAGGGAAUGGGACAUUUAACCAUGAAUCUAGGUCAUCUCCUGGCUGGUCCAGUCCAAUCACUGUUGACAGAGCAUUCACCCCCUCCCGGCCAGGGACAGCACAGGGCUAGACACCAUGCCACUAACAAGGGUGAGAAAGUUUCCCUCUUUCUCACCACUGCCCCACAGCCUUGCUAUGUUGUAUUCAGGCAGGGUCCGCAGAGGCCAUGCCACAGCCAAGGUAAAGGAGCUAGAGCCCCAGGUGCAAGGGAGGGCUCUUGCCUGGGAAUGAGGCAGAACAGGCAAAGGGGCUGGAGGGAGAGGAGAUUAGGGCUUUACCAGGAAGAUUAUUUUUUUUAAUACACUGAUGGAUGAUGUAACUUUAUCAAAUAAAAUACCAGAACCAGCAUGGAGCCUAACAAGCCCACGAGCAGAGCCCUUUGCCGGUGGUGGUCUUUCUUCUGCCCUGGUCCAAGUCCACCCUAAAUCUUUGCCAGAGGAGCUGCCCCAUAACCCCUCUAAUACCUGAUUCUCGUGCUGUACCCCAGAGAGACCUCUAACCCAUGGGGCCUGCUAGGGGCUCCUCAAUCCUAUCACCCCAAAGACAAAAAGGCAGUGUUACAAUUUGGGCUACAGCUCAGUGAGCAGAGAGCGACCAGGGCACCCUGCAGGGAUGCAGCUGGGUCCUGCAGCAUCAGCCUGCCUGUGUCUCAGGUCAGCCUGGAGGAGGGUUUGCUUCUGCUACAGGCAUCCUCAGUGCUGGAGAGAGGGGCUGGGCUGUGUGGUAAUGGCAGAGUCCCCAAACUGCACACUAGGAGGGAGCGAGAUGGGUCAUGAAUGUGUCUAGCCUGACUGUGGGCAGUGGGCGGGGAAAUGGGGAGAGAUCCCAGGCCAAAGGAUGGAGGAAAACCCCUACUCAUGGGGAGGUAGGAAGGGGAGGUUCAGCUUAAAUAGGCCAAUGUGAUGGUGUGGGAGACAUGGAUUCAAAACCCAGCUCUGCUGCUCCCUCAUUCCCUGCCCAUGCCCCAGAUCCCCAGGCUGGCAGGCUCCACCCUGCAAUGUGAGAUACCCAGGCUUCAGGCUUCAUUACAGGGGCCUCUCUCUAUGGCCAAGCUGGAAUCAGAGCAGUGCUGAGGAGCUCUGAGGAAAAGAUUUCUCCAGCCUCCUGAACCAGAAGGUUGUGAAACUGAGGGAGGAGGGAUGAGCUCUCCUUUGGAAUAGUGCCACCUAGAUUAACUUCGGAGGCCUUUAAACACCUGAAGGAUGUAUUGUCCCCCAGCAGCCAUAACAAGUAGAACAUGCAAUACUGACACCAUCUCUGGGCACUAGCGUAUUUGUACAUACAAGGGGCCAGAUCCUGUCUCUAACCCAAUGCCCACUAUUCAGUCCAGUGAGGCUGUGCCAUAAGGAAACCACAGCUCAGGGGAGGAGGUAUCUGCAACCUGUGCUGGGCUCCCAGCAUGCAGACGGGCUUAUUCCAGCAGGAGAUGUAGUGACAGAGAAACCAUGACGUGUGUGUGUCAGAGAGAGAGAGAGAGAAAGUCUUCUGACUGGGAGAGGGACUGUGAGGAGGCCUGAUUCUGGGGAAAGGGGAGCAGUGAUGAGGGCCAGGGCCAGAGGAGAAACAGAGCUUAACAAGGACAUUUGCUC